AUGGCAUCCUUAAUAUCAACUGUUGUCAUUUGUUCCGCUGAAACAGAACUCAGAAUUUCUCAGGCUGAAUUUGAUAGGCAAGCAGAGAUCACUAGGCUCUUACUUGAAGGGAUUAGUAGUGCUCAUGCAAAUCACUUGCGCUGUCUUAAUGAUUUUGUUGAAGCUCAGGCAGCUUAUUACAACCAGUGCCAACAGUGUAUGGUCGAUCUGCAAAAAGAACUUGCAAGCUCUGUGAAUGUUGCAUCUGGUACAAAAACUGGAUCCUACCAAGGGUUGUAUCCUUCAUCCCCGAGUCCAUCCGAUAUGCCUUUGAACUCCCUUCCUGAAGAUAAGAAGCGAGCCAGAGUGUUGUACAAUUAUGAAGCAUAUGAUAAUACUGAAUUAUCUUUAACUGCUGAUGAGGUAAUUGUUGUUAGUCCCUUACCAGUUCCUGAUGCUGAUUGGUUGAUGGGGGAGCGUGGCACUCAGAAAGGAAAGGUUCCGGUGGCUUAUCUUGAAAUAUUGAAUUAGUUCAGUACUCUUUGAUCUCGAAUUGCUAGUACAUGCAAUAUGUAAACUUAGCCAUAAGAAAGUGAUAAUCAGUUUCAGAUGUUAGCCUUAUUGUCACAAGCUGACAGUGUCUGUGACUGUGGAUGUUAAGUCUAUAUGGUCUUGUAUUUUUAGUAAUUUAUAAUUUAAACUUUUUUAGUACAAUUUGGAUGUAAAAUAACAUUCUUUUUGACAUCCAGCAUGCAAGUUGUAAAUAUAUACAUUAUUUUUUAUUUGAGAUUGUAAUCUGAUGUUUCUUCUAUGUGAAUACUGAAAAUAUGAAGUAAAAUUUUUGUUUUUCCUCUUUAAAUAUGAUGAGUUAAUUUUUAAUAUUUAUGAUGUCUCUUUUCAUGUAUUUAUUUUUUUAUUAAAAUUUAUUUUCAGAUAUAUAUUAAUGGAAAUAUACUCAGUAAAAUCUUAAUGGAAUAUUAAAAAAAAAUGUGUUUUUGGUAAUUUCUUAAUUUGUAGUUAUGUAAAUGAAUGCUGCCAGACAUUUAGCAAGAUGUUUAGCUUUGUAAUACUGCCAGAUCUUAUAAAACCAGCGAUAGACUGAUUUAAGCCUUUUUCUGUCAAUAAUUUUAUGAGUAAUAAUUUAUAAACCAAAUUUCUGAAUGUUACAUUUCCUUUCCAUGUAAGUCAUAUUAUUAUCUUGUAUGGUUGAAUGAGAUCAAUUGUGAUUUUUCUUUUUGGUUGGUAAUUUAUAUAUUUUUGAUUCAGUUUGAUGUGACUGGAUGUAGUAAGCCUUUGUGUUUUUGAUUUCAUUUGACAGGAUUGGAUUCUGCUAGCUUUUGUGUUUUUUGAUUUGACUGGAUUUUACUCGCAUUUGUGCUUUUGAUUCAGUAUAAUUUGACUGGAUUCUGUUUUGUAAUAUGUACUUUAUAUUUUCACUACACAUUUGCAAGUCAUAUUUUCGCAAUAUUAAAUUAUACCAAAAUUUUAUGUUAAAAAACUGAUUUAGUGCAUUAAAUUUUGCCGUCUGACUCUUUGGGUGUAACAUUCUGAAUUGUGCUUAAGUUUUGUGUAAAUUAACUAUGUUGCUGAUGUGUUUUAUCUUUUCAGUCUUUUAAAUAUGUGAUAUUGUUAUUAAAUCAUCAAAAUUAGUUCAUGAUGUAUGAAAUUACCUGUAAAUUAAAAAAUCUACAAAAUGUUUAUUGUUCUUCAUAAAAAGAUAUUUUUUCAGUAUUUUUGUCGUAGUUUUUCUUCUUUACAACUUGAAUCUAAGAAGACUAAACUAUGACGUUCCCUUAAAUUUGAAGUAUUAUGUUCAUCAAGGUCUGCACUUGUUAUAUUCGAUAUAUAAAUUGUAUUUACAAUUUAGUUAUCAAACUUUGCACUGAAAUUGAUUUGACGACUGAUGUUUAAUUGAUUCUGGCUGAUGUUUCAUUAAUGAUCAUUUGGUUGACUGAUGUUUCAUUAAAAGCAAUAUAUUUAUGAUAUUUAGUUAGGUAUCUUAAUAGAGAAAUCAAAAUGACAUGCUUUAAUAAUUAGACAAAUUUUUUUCCGCAUCUCUUGGAGAAUGUAAAUAAAUUCUUCAUCUAGUUUAUAACAAUUCUUUCUCUUUUUUUUUAAUAAUUCAUGAAAACAAGAUAAAUAUUUGUAGUUUUUAGAAAUUUCACUUUUGUAAAUCAUCAUGGCAUUGAUAUUUUCAGAAACAUUUUAAACCAAAAUAUGAAGAAAAUGCAUUAUUAGAAUUUUGAAUAUUGUGUUAAAUUUAUUUUAACAAUAUUUACUAUGAAUUAUGAUCUCUUACUGUUCAAUUGAAUUAUCAAGAUAUUCAAAAUAUGUUAUUUUAAAAUUUUGAGUAUAUUUCUUCCUUAAUUUUAUUUACAUUUGGGGGAGGGGUUUGUUGCUGUAAGCUUGAAUUUUUUUAAAUCAGAAUAAAAUGGAGUUUUGUUUAUGGCAAAUAAAUUUAUUAAAUUUUCUGUUUUAAUUUGAUAAGUAACUCAUUGAACAUUUAUUACACACUAUCAGAAGCAAAAUAUUCCUAAAAUACUGCUAGUUAGUUAUAUGACAUUUCUGUCCAGUAAAAUUGGAGUAUAUUGUGUUAGCCUUCAAAACCAUUUUCUUCUGUUCUAAUAAAAUAUGAAAUUAAUUUUAUGUGCUUACAGUUUAUAAAACAAUUAAAAUACAUAUGUGUGUAUUUGUUAUAAGUGUAUUUCAAGUGCAUUAUAAAUCUACAUUAGAAAUACAAGGGACAGUUUGUAGCUGGGGAAAAAAACGUGUUCAUCAUGGAACGUGAUAAAGCAGUAUUUAAUGUAAAAUCAUAAACAUUUUUUAGUGUUGUAGAUUAUUUUGUUAUAUUUUCCUGUUGCUUUAAUGUAUUCUAAAUUUUUUUUUUUCAUUUAUUUAAGAUUCUGCUUAGAAGCUAUUGGUAAUUUUCAUUACUUUUGAAAACAUAAUGUAUUUUACUUUUUGUAUCAUUUUUGUAAAUGGAUUGCUCAGAAUUUAUUUUACAUGUUGUCUUUGUCUUUUUUUGAAUUUUAAAAAUCUGUGUAUGUGAGAGAAUUUUUUAAUCAUUUGUUCAUGUAUUGUUUCAAGUGUGUAACAUAAUUACAUUGGCAUUGAUUGUGUUUGUUUUUAUGAUUUAUUAUGAUAGGUGCUAUUUUGUGUGUUUCAACAAUGUACAGAAUUCCCUCUACCCAGAAUGUUUCCAUACAUUAUUUAUUAACUUAUAUGCAGCUAUUUAGCAAAGUAAUUGUUUAUCUUAUUAUGGGGGGGGGAAACUCCUUUCAUAUAUUCUUGGUCCUAGUGAUAAAUUUUGAGAUCAAAUCAAAAGAUUACUUUGUUAUGGCUAAAUUCAAUUUUACCUCCUCUUUGAAGAAAGAGUUUCUUAAAAUAAUAAAUUAUGUGUCAUUUAAUGCUGCAUACCCAAAUUCAAUAUAUGGAAGAACUAGCAUGUAUGUAUGUAUAUAAUAUAUAUAUCAAUCUGUUCUAACAAAUAUCUGUAUAUAUAUUCUGUAUAGAUUUUAUGAUAUUUUGUGCAUGAGUUUAAACAUAUUGCUUUGUUAACUGCAUAAAAUAUACUUAGCUGUCGGAAAAGGUUAUAUUUUUAUGACUAAUGUUUAUUCUAUUGAAAUGUGCAUAAAAAUGAAAUUUUGUAUACCUGAUAAAAUGUUCUCUGAAUGAAUUUUUGGCAUAAAAGUAUUGUUUAUGUAGUUUUAGAAAACUGUUAUUUAUAUAGGAAUAUUUUUUCUUUUUUAAUUUUGUUAUGUAGGAAAAACAAAUUAAGUCCCGAUACAGGUCCAGAUAUCCUUCUUAUCAAAAGUUCUUAUAUUUUUUAAUUGUAACUUAGCUUAAUUGAAUAAUAUUUGAAAGUUUAUGUUAAUAUAGCACAUAAGUUUCUAAAUAAUUUAUUGAGCUUUUUAAUAUUUGGCAAUAUAAGAAGGCAGAGGUUUUCUCAGAUUUCUAUAGGUGAAAUAAUAAGAAAAUUUGUCUAACGUAGUACUUGAAAAAUUAUUUGUUAGAAAAUAGUUCUUUCUGAAGUAAAAUUUUCAGAAUUAUUAAAAAAAUAUUUAUAUGGGAAUUUUGCAUUCAAGUGAAUUGAAAGGUUAAAAACAUUUUUGAUAACUUGCAGUUUUUUAAUGAAUACUUGCGAUUACAAACUGAUUUUUAUUUUUAAACUUAUUUAAAAAAUAUUAUGCAGCUCUGGUUUUUAUCUUUUUUAUAUGUGUGUAAAAUAUUUGACAGUUUUGAGACUUUUCAAAUUUUUAUUAAUUUAAAAAUGAAUAAAUAACUAAAAUCACUUUACAGCAUGAGGUCACAUUCAUAUAACUUAAGGUCUGAUACUGUGAAGAAGAAUUUUUUGUUUUGAAAAGAGCUUUGAAAACAUUUCAUGUGUUUAACCUUAUUUAUUAAUAUAGAAGCAAAAAAAGCUGUUAGAUAAUGAAGCUUUUUUAGAAGUAGUUUUUACAUACUUAUGAGUUUUACUUCUACAUUUUUGGUAAUAGUGUAUUGACUAAAAAUUCUUUUCUCAGUAGUUUUACGUUCAAAACAGCUUGCAUUUUUAAGCCAUUAAACUAAAAAUAGAAUCACUCUAUUUAACUCUAGCACUGUGAUCUGAAACUUUUCUAGGGUAAAUUCACUUUUUCACUUUCAUGGCCUUAAGAUAUAUCUUCCUCUUUCUUCUCUAUGAAACAUUUAACUAUUUUAUUAAUAACUGCAACUUCUUUUUUUUUUUAUUACCAGUCUUUAUUUUUAACCCUUUACGGAUGAGAAAGGAAUUUUGCUUACAUAACUGUGGACUUGAUGCAGCUGAUUUUGCUUUGAAAGAUGGCAGAACUUUGUCUCCUGACCUAGUUUGGGAAAUCAUUUUAAAAAAAAAAUUAAGGUUUUGAAACAUUGAAUAAUUGUGUUUUUUUUUCCCCUCCCCCUUUAGAGCUUAGUUUCUUAUUUGAUUGAUCUAAACAUAUAUACAUUUUCAUACUCCUAUUGUUAAAGUUGGAAGAAAUAAGAAAAAUGAUAUUGUUUUUAAGAACUUGGCUAUAUUUAGUCAGUUAUACUGUAUUGUAUAUUUUCCUGUAAAAUAUGAAAAUCCUAACUGAAGUGAUAUAUAUUUAUUAUUCUAAUGCAUAAAUUCUUAUAUCUAGCACUGUACAUCGGAAGAGAGCAAACAUUCCUUCCAAAGCAAGAAACAUGAAAUAAAAUUUAAAAAAUAAUAUCAAUAAUAAAAUAACUUCAGAAAAAUAAUACCUGUGUCAUACCAGAUGUCUACUCCAUAGCUUGUUUGAGAGGAAAGGUUAUUUUUGUUUACUUUCAAAAACAUAUGCUCUUACUUCUCAUCAAAAAGAAAAAGAGCUAAAACAGUCCUUCCAAAUUCACAAAAGUUUUAUAAUUUUUACAAAAACUGUUCAAGCUUUAUGAUCUAAAGAUGCAAAAUUAUUUUUUCCCCCCUGAAUUUUCCAAUUUUUGUGAAGAUGCAAAAAUUUUGGCACUUUGUCGCUAAGUCUGCCUUUAAAGUCUGUACUUUUGCGUUGUUAUUCAGUUUCUUUUGGCAUAUGAGUUUUUUCUAAAGUGUCCCAAGUUUAGUUUUUUAUUAACAUUUUGGUGAUUUUAAAAUCAAUUAGUCUACAAAAAUUUUGCAUCAUUUUUGCAAAUUUCAUAACAUUUUUUAAACAAACAUAAUAGCAUCAAUAUGAUACAGUAAAGCUAAAAUAUUAUAAUUACAUUUUUAAAAAAAUAACAUUAAAAACAUUUUCCAUCCCUCUGUUGGGUAUAAAGUGUAUUUUGUCUAUUUUUGAAUACCUUGAUUCUGAUGUUUUAGCAGGAUAUUUAAGUGUUACAAAGCAUAGUUUGAAAAUAACUUUUAAGCAAAAGGGGGAAAAAAGAAAUUACUGUAAUUGCAUUAAAAUUAAUUUUAUGUGUAAUUUUUAAAAUUGUGUUUGGGUGAAAAAUUGUUUUAAAAUAUUUAUAUGUUUUUUACAUCUGUAAAAUUAACUUCAUGCUGAAUAUUUUUCAAAAAUCUGGUUUUUACUGUUGUGAAGUUGUCAGGUAUGCUAAAAUAAAUUUAAAAUAAUAAUAAUAAAGUAAAAAUUUGUAUUCGUAAAUCAAGAAAUCAAAAUAAAUAAAAUAAAAAUUAAAACAUUAUAUCAAGUCCAUUGUGCCAGCAAUGCUAAUUGUCACUGAUAUACAGAUAUUAUAUACAGAAACAGGCUUAUGCGGCACAAAUCUUCUUAAUGCAUCCGCAGAGGGUUAAAAGUGUAUUAAAUGAUAUAAUUACAGAAAGUUUUCACAGUGGGCAUUUAGUUAUUUUUUUCAUGCAAUGAUGUAACUGUAACAAUUGUUUUAGUGGUCCUUUUAAGUUACAGUAAUAAAUUAUCUAUUGUAUAUAAAAUGGACUUUUGAAAAUAGCUACAUAGGUUUCUUAGAAUUUAAUGAUGUAAUCGGUGGAUGAUAAAUGUUGAUUAUUUUAAAAUAUAUGUAAUAUGAAUAAUAUGAAAGAAAUGCAUUGCAUUACAAAUUAGUUCUGUGCAUUUCAUGUAAGUUUGUUUUAUGACUAACAAAUUUUCUGUUAUAAGAAAAUUAUUAACUGUAUAAAAAUGUGAUAUUUCAUUACUUGUUAGUUGCCUUAAUUUUUCUAUUAGUCUGGUUUAUGCAAAUAAACAUUGACCUUUUUUUCCCCUUCCUUAAA